GCGGGCGCCGCGGGUGACCGGGACAGCGAGGUUGAAGAACAAUGGCUUCCUUCAGCAACCUGACUAUUGGCAUUGCUCUUGCCAGUUUUACUGUAUUUCAGCUCCUGUUCCACGUUGUAAGUUCUUGGGUGUCAACACGAAUAACACCUGGUUUUAACAAUCUCAGCCAAAAAAGGAAAAUCGAAUGGAAUUCAAGGACAGUGUCCACAUUCCAUGCCUUGGUGGUUGGAGGGUUUUGCCUUUACAUUUUGUUGUACGAUGAUGCUGUUAAUGCUGACCAUCUCUGGGGUGACCCUUCAAUUGUGAAGCUGAAUAUUGCUAUUACCACAGGCUACCUCAUUUCUGAUCUGUUGCUUAUUAUUUACUACUGGAAGGCAAUUGGUGACAAUUUUUUUGUAAUACAUCACUUGGCAGCUCUGUAUGCUUACUAUUUUGUACUGAGCAAAGGUCUGCUGGCUUAUUUUGGAAACUUCCGUCUCCUUGCAGAGUUCUCCACUCCUUUUGUCAAUCAGCGGUGGUUUUUUGAAGUACUGGGAUAUCCCAAAUCUUCAAAGGCCAACAUCCUCAAUGGUGUGCUGAUGACAGUUGUGUUCUUCGUGGUGAGGAUUGCCGUCAUGCCUGUGUAUUACAGCCACGUCAUUUCUUCAUUUGGAACAGAAGGUUUCCGGAGAUUAGGAUUUGCAGCCCAGAGCGCCUGGAUUAUCUCAAGUGUUGUCUUGGAUAUUAUGAAUGUGAUGUGGAUGAUCAAAAUUGCAAAAGGAUGCUACAAGGUCAUUUGUCUUAUUGGACAGGAGGAAGCGAAAACUCAUAGAAAUGGAAAAUCUGCCUAGAAAUCAUACAUAAAUGAAAUUUCUGCUAUGAAAAUAAUUUGGGUUCACUGAAACAGUGCACAUUUCUGCCAUGGAAUGCUCCUGUUAUGGAAACAAGGUAUUACCUCUGUACUGACCUUACUCUUUCCCUAGCCACACUGCCUGCACACCCAGGGCCACGCUUUGCGGAUCCUGUCCAGUGAGGAAUAAAAGCAAAAGCUCACACAGAUGAGCUCCACAUGCCUGUUGUAAGCAGUUGCAAGCAUCAGAAAUUAGAAAGGAGCAGACUGGUUACUGCUUAUUGUCCACCAGUGUGUUCAAAGUGUUUCUCUCAGGUUUCUCUGAUUAAAAUGUUUUAUAAAUCCA